AUGUAUAUUAUAGGUGGUUCACUUACAAAAAUAGCAUAUUAUUCAACAGUAUCAUUUAGACGAGUUUAUUAUGCAACUGAUAACUUAAACAAAAAUGAUGACAAAAACAAGGAUGACAAAAAUGAUAAGUUUGUUUACACAUAUUCUGAACAAGCAAGGCUGCAUUUUGUCAAGUUUGAAACAAAAUAUAUUGAAAACUGUUUGGAUUUUAUUGGAGAUAAUUUAGUUAACAGCGAUGAACGAAAAGGAAAAAGCAUUAAAGCCACCGGAGGUGGGGCAUACAAGUAUAGCAAACUUAUUCAAGACAAAUUGGGAUUAAAAGUAGAUAAAGAAGAUGAACUUACUUGUCUAAUCACAGGAUGUAAUUUCUUAUUGAAAAAUAUAAGUGAUGAAGCAUUUGUUUACAACCGAAAUGGUAGCCCAGAAUAUGAAUUUCAAACAGCUGACCCACAUGUAUUUCCUUAUAUGUUGGUUAACAUUGGCUCAGGUGUAAGUAUUUUAAAAGUGGAGUCGGAUAGUUGUUACGAGCGUAUUGGUGGUACAGCUACAGGAGGUGGCACAUUCUGGGGCCUUGGUACACUUUUGACUAAAGCCAAAUCAUUCGAUGAAUUACUUGAUCUUGCCGAAAAAGGAGAUCAUAGAAAGGCUGAUAUGCUUGUAAAAGAUAUAUAUGGUGGAGAUUAUGAAACUCUUGGUAUGCAUUCAGAUUUAAUUGCUUCUUCUUUUGGAAAAAUAUGUCCUCGUCAAAAUUCAGAAAGUGAUUACAAUGAAGCAGAUCUGGCAAGAAGCUUACUGUUUGCAAUUAGCAAUGACAUUGGUCAAAUUGCUUGUUUAUAUGCAAUGAUGCAUAAUUUGAAAAAGCAUGUGAUAGAACCAUUCCAGUCUAUAAUCUUAGUAGAAACAUCAAAUUUUAAUACAAUACAGAAGAUAAUAUUUUAUGUGUCUGAUUGUUCUUUGAUUUUUAGUCGUUUGGAACGAGAAUUGGCAAAUGAAUUGAUUACUGUGGAUUUGAUUAUAUUGGAAGGAAUGGGUAGAGCUGUACACACAAACAUAGAUGCUGAAUUUGUGUGUGAUUGUUUCAAAUUGGCCAUCAUAAAAAACCGUUGGUUGGCUAAACGUUUAGGUGGCGACGUGUUUUCAGUUGUYUGCAAAUAUGAAAGUGUUGCAUAACAAUUUUAAUUAGUUUUAAAAAAACAACAUUUUAUAUAAUUAUUAUUGAACAAUGAAUUUUCAUAUUACUAUGAUAAUCUCGGUAUAAAUUAGUAAUUAAUAAUUUCACAUAUUGUGGUAUUUGGUUAAAAUUAAUU